AUGGCUGCAUUUUUCAGAGGCCUGAGUGACAAGGAGGCUCAAGUCCUGACAGACCAGAAGCAGCUGAACAUCUCUUUCCCGGCCACUGGCUGCCAGAAGCUCAUUGAAGUGGACGAUGAACGAAAACUUCGUACCUUCUACGAGAAGCGUAUGGCCACAGAAGUUGCUGCUGACGCUCUGGGUGAAGAAUGGAAGGGUUAUGUGGUCCGAAUCAGUGGCGGGAACGAUAAGCAAGGUUUCCCCAUGAAGCAGGGUGUCUUGACCCAUGGCCGAGUUCGCCUGCUACUGAGUAAGGGGCAUUCCUGUUACAGACCAAGGAGGACUGGAGAGAGAAAGCGCAAAUCUGUACGGGGUUGCAUUGUGGAUGCCAAUCUGAGUGUUCUCAACUUGGUCAUCGUGAAAAAAGGGGAGAAGGAUAUUCCUGGACUCACUGAUACUACAGUGCCUCGUCGCCUGGGUCCCAAAAGAGCUAGCAGAAUUCGCAAACUUUUCAAUCUUUCUAAAGAAGAUGAUGUCCGCCAGUAUGUUGUGCGAAAGCCCCUAAACAAAGAAGGUAAGAAACCUAGGACUAAAGCACCCAAGAUUCAGCGUCUCGUGACUCCACGAGUUCUGCAACACAAACGCCGGCGUAUUGCUCUGAAGAAACAGCGUACUAAGAAAAACAAAGAAGAGGCUGCAGAAUAUGCUAAACUUUUGGCCAAGAGAAUGAAGGAGGCCAAAGAAAAACGGCAGGAACAGAUUGCCAAGAGACGGAGGCUGUCCUCUCUGAGAGCUUCUACUUCUAAGUCUGAGUCCAGUCAAAAAUGA